AUGCAAAUCCGUUUCGACGAUCAAGUAGCGAUAGUAACCGGAGCUGGCGGUGGCCUCGGCCGUGUUUAUGCUCUGGAGCUGGCUAAACGUGGUGCAAAUGUUGUAGUCAAUGAUAUAGGUGGGGAUUUACACGGUACUACAAAUAGUACCAAUAUGGCCGAUAAGGUGGUACGAGAAAUUGAGGCGGAUGGUGGAACGGCCGUCGCUAAUUAUGAUUCUGUAGAGUUUGGCGACAAAAUCGUCAAAACGGCCAUUGAAAGGUUUGGGAGGGUCGGUAAGGGUCUUAAAAUUUGAAAAUUUUUUAAUUUCAAAUCUUUUAAAACCAAAAAUUAAAAUUUUUUUAUUUAAAAACUAGGCUACAACAAAAAUUUUUUAGAUAUACUGAUAAACAACGCUGGUAUUUUGCGAGAUAAGUCAUUUAACAACAUGACAACUGAAGAUUGGAGUAAGUUAACAUUGAUAUCUACUAAUAAACAAUCCGUAAUCCUCAUUUCUAAUGAAAAGCUUUUCAGAUAUGGUGUUGAAAGUCCACCUAACUGGAGCUUUCUCUUGUUCCAAAGCCGUCUGGCCUUAUAUGAGGCGUCAACAUUAUGGUAGAAUCGUGUUUAUCUCAUCUAAUUCGGCCAUAUUUGGCAGUUUUGGACAGGCAAAUUAUAGUGCUGGUAAGGAUUUUACAGUACCUGUAAGCCACUCUGUAGUAUCAUACUAUUAGGUGCUGACAUAAAGAACCCGCCAUACUUUGCCUGUAAUUUGCUGUAAAAAAUGGCGCGUUUUUUAUGUCGGCAUCUAAUAUAUAGUACCACAGCCUAGCUUGAAGUGCCCUGUUUGACAGUAAUACAUCCUGCCUUACCUUACCCUACUCUACCUUGCUUUACCCUACCUUACCCUACCCUACUUUAUCAUACCCUGCGGUUCCUUACCAUAAUCGAUCCUAUUAAACCUUGUCCUACCCUACCAUCCAAGCCAAUAAUCUUUAAAAUUUCAGCCAAAUACGGCCUGGUAGGCCUAGCAAAGACCUUAGCAUUGGAAGGUAAAAAGUAUCAUAUCAACUGUAAUACCAUCAUUCCGACAGCCGGCUCGCGGAUGACUGCCAAAAUCAUGCCUCAAAAUAUGUUGGAAAUCUUCGAUCCUGUUCAUGUUUCACCAUUUGUGACCUAUUUGUCCAGUAAAGAAUGUCGUGAAAAUGGGCGGAUAUUUUUGGCCGCUGCUGGGUAUUUUGGAGAGCUUAAAGUCACACUGACCAGAGGGGUUAUCAAGCUUCAUGCUACUGCUGAUGAUAGUAAGUUUAUCUUUUUUCUACUGCUAAAUGACAUUUUUAUCUGAUGAUAGUAAUAAUAUUAUAUAUGAUAAACUAUAAACAUAAUAAUAAAAAUAAGUAAAAAAAAUUUUAGUAGCGGCCAAUAUGAAGCGAAUUAGCAACCCUGAGAACGCCAGAAACUUCAAAAGUGCUGCCGCUGUGACCGACGUUCUACUCCGAGCUUUAACUAACACCAAUUCCAAAAUUUAA